GCAGGCACACACCUUACUCUCCUCAAAAGACACAUCUUCACAGCCUCACCACAACGGCCAGCCACUACUCACACUGACUCAGCUGCACACAACUCUGCAACAGCCCAGUGGACUGCAGUCAGGAUGAGGAUUGUGUUGGGAGACCAGUGGAUAGAGAGCAGCUUGGUUUUGAUGGGUAUUGUGACUCUUUCUCUUUCCCUGGGAAACCUCUCCAGCAGAGGACAGGAGGAGGGUGUUGCCUCUAACAGUUUGGAGGAUGAACAGGAAGUGACCACAUUCUGGUGGGGAGAGUGGGCUAAAUGGACUGCUUGCACACGUACCUGUGGAGGCGGAGUUAUGUCCCAAGAGAGACACUGUCUGAAACAAAGAAAGAGAACAACAGCUGGCAAGAACAAUAUGACCUGUACAGGCAGUGCCAAAAAAUACCGCCUCUGCAAUACCAAGGAUUGCCCCUCAACUGGAAGCAGCUUCAGGGAGGAGCAGUGCUGGUCCUUCAACUCUCAGAUUUACAGUGGCAAAAGCUAUGAUUGGAAACCCCUCUAUCCUGACGACUAUGUGCAUAUCUCCAGUAACCCCUGUGACCUCCACUGCACAACCACUGAUGGCCAGCGCCAGCUUAUGGUGCCAGCCCGGGACGGCACGUCUUGCAAGUACAGCAACUAUAGGGGAGUGUGUGUAAAUGGAAGAUGUGAGCCAAUCGGGUGCGAUGGAGUGCUUUUCUCACCCAAAACACUGGAUAAGUGUGGUGUCUGUCAAGGGGAUGGCAGCAGCUGCAGCAGAGUCACAGGGAACUUCCGACGUGGGGCAUCCAAUCUGGGAUAUUCCUUCAUCACUCAAAUCCCAGAAGGCUCUUGGGAUAUCCAGAUAAUUGAGAGGAAAAAGUCAGCUGAUAUCCUUGCUGUGACAGAUCAAGCUGGGAAUUUCUUCUUCAACGGCGCAUACAAGGUGGACACCCCUCAGAACUUCCACGCAGCAGGCACCAUCUUCAAGUAUCGGCGGCCCACAGAUGUGUACGAAACAGGGAUCGAGUACAUCGUGGCCAAAGGGCCCAUCGACCAGCCCAUCAAUGUUCUGGUGUGGAACCAGAACGGUCGGAACCCCUACAUCACCUUCGAGUACACGGUUCUUCGGGACGCUCUCCCUCCAGUCUCCCAGCCCCCGCUCUAUACUGGCCCGGACGCCAGAGGAAACGGUGACGUCUCGGUGGAGGUGGGGCGCGUGCUGUCCCAGAACGAGACGGCGUAUGACAGCGUUGGCCUGGAGGGAGAGCCAAACCGCAUGCUGAGGCCCGGCCCGGAAACGGGCGGCGCAGAGGGACAGAAGAUCAGUGGACAAGUGUCCAACGAGGUGUACACAGAGACGGCUGGGGUGGACUGCGAGGACGGAGCUCUGGCCACUCCACAGCAGCCAGGUGUCUCAGAGGGAAAUAGCAGUCAACCCAGUGGCUUGGUUGCCCCACCUUUAGCCACACCCAACAGACUUGGGGACAAGAUGUCUGACUCGGAAAACCUCAUCUGGAGAAUGCUGAUGGGUGAACAGGUUGGUCAGGACAAGCUGAUGGUGAAUAUCACGACCAAUCAGCUCCUGACACAGGGGGAGGGACAGUUCUCGGCAGAAAUGGGGCCACUGGAACUGGACUAUGGCGGCCUGGAGUCAAACACUGGCUUCAGUCUGAAUGGCUCCUCUUUCCUGGAGUUCUCGCUAGCGCGCAGAAACAACGACACUGGAGACCUGCCCCUCCAGAACAGGACCAUGUUCCCUGGGCUAAGAAAUGGAAACCGUACGAGUCGGACCAGGAAUCAUCAGAAAUUCCUGCAAAAGAAUUUCAAGCUGAGUCCAGCUGACAUGUACCGCUGGAAACUCUCCUCUCAAGAGCCCUGCAGCAUGACAUGCUCCAUCGGCGUGUCCAGAUCCUUCGCCAUGUGUGUUCGUUAUGACGGGGUAGAGGUGGAAGAUAGGCACUGUGACGCUUUGACUCGACCCGAGCCCGUCCACGACUUCUGCAUUGGAAGGGAAUGCCAGCCCAGAUGGGAGGCCAGCAGCUGGAGCGAAUGCUCUCGUACCUGUGGCGAGGGCUUCCAGUUUCGGCUGGUGCGCUGCUGGAAGAUGCUGUCCCCAGGCCUGGACAGCUCCGUCUACAAUGACCUCUGCACUCUGGCAGACCUGGAGCGCCCCCCGGAGCGUCGGCCCUGCAAGAGCCCCACGUGCGGCCCGCAGUGGGAGGUGGCCGAGUGGUCCGAGUGUCCCGCUAAGUGUGGAAGCAGGGCCCUAGUCUCACGUGAUGUCAGAUGCUCAGACGAAACCAGGCCGUGUGACGAAUCCACUCGUCCGCCAGCGGCCAAGAACUGCACCGGGCCACCGUGUGAGAGACAGUGGACCGUUUCUGAGUGGGGACCGUGCUCUGGGUCAUGUGGGCAAGGGAAAAUGGUCCGCCAUGUGUACUGCAAAACACCAGAGGGGCGAGUGGUUCCUGAGACCCAGUGCUCCUCAGAAAACAAGCCCCUGGCCAUCCACCCAUGCGGGGAUAAGGACUGCCCACCGCACUGGCUGACACAAGAUUGGGAGAGGUGCAACACAACAUGUGGCCGUGGCAUCAAGCAGAGGAUAGUUCUGUGUGCGGGCAUCACCGGGGGAAAGUUUCAGAUCCACGACGAUGAGGCGUGCGACCCUGGUGUUCGUCCUGAGCACGAGAACACCUGCUUUGAGAGACCGUGCUUCAAGUGGUACACUACGCCUUGGUCAGGGUGCACUAAGACUUGUGGGAUAGGAGUGCGCAUGAGGGAUGUGAAGUGUUAUCAGGGAAGGGAGCUGGUGAGAGGAUGUGACCCGCUAACCAAGCCUGUCGCCAAGCAGACCUGCGCCCUUCAGCCCUGCCCAACAGAACCUCCAGAUGAAAACUGCAACGACCGUCCCACCACAAACUGCUCGCUGGCCCUGAAGGUGAACCUGUGCAGCCACUGGUACUACAGCAAAGCCUGCUGCCAUUCCUGCCGGACCCUCCGUUCCUCCUAGUCACAUCCCCCGAGGCACGGGAGGCCCAGCGUCUGAGGCACGGGAGUCCUCACCCGCCCGCCUUGCUUCGGUUGGCCCGCAAUUCAGUAGUUUUUGUCUGUUUUCAAAGAUGGGAGCCAUAGCUGAACUCUGACCUCCCUCCAGGAGGUAUCAUC